GCGGUAGCAGGGCAGAAGGAGAACCGGUGCGCCCUGGCCGACAGGGUGGGCGCACACGGUUUCUGGAACGCGCUGGCAUAUCGUAGCGAGCUGCUCAAGAAGGACGGCGUGUCGGACCCGUGCCUCGACUUGGGGACUCUGGCAAACCUCAUCAAGCCAGAGGCGGCUACCGCGUUCACGAGGCUGGACUUCCCGCAGGCCUGCGCGGCGCUCAGCAGUCCCACGCGAGCAGCAGGCAUGCCGCCCCGCAUUUCGGGAGAGGCUAUUUACCUGCAUGCCACCCACGGUGUACCAUGUGCCACGUGGCACCGGCCAACGCCCACCAAGACAUGGGCUGGUAAGAUCGCAGCGAACAUGGACGAGGGCGAACGGGUAUACAAAGACAUCGAGCACCUCAUCUCCACUGACUCCACCAUGGCGCUCGUCAGCACCAAGGGGAAAUCUGCGCUGUCCAGCGCUCUCAAGGAGCAGCUGACCAUGCAUUCACAUGGGUGUCAGACCAGUGUUCGGGGUGGCGAGACCCUGGACGACAUAAAGGUCUCACUACGCUCCAUGAGGCGGGCUACGGCGUGCCCGACCCGCUGCAGGGUCAUCGCGUGGAACGGCAACGAGUUAUGCGACCACAGAGACAACCGUCGGCGAGUCAAAGGUGCCCGACGCGGAGACAACCCUCUCCAAUACGAUGAGUUGGAACGUCAGGCCCUAUCCAUGAUGGACGACGUCGUGGAUGAGCAGGCGCAUAUUGCUGAGACAACAGGAGCCAUGCUCGUCAUAUUGGUAAUGGGCGACGGCCAGAGCUGGAGGCAUCCCAGAGGCAGCGCUGGGAGGCGAAUCUGGGACGCACUUGCCUCCCGAAUCCUGGCGCGGGGGCAAAACAGGAUCAACAUCUACCAGAAAGCGGGCCAGAAUCCAAAAAUGCUGAUACUCCGAGGCUCCGGGCUCUAUCACAAGGGCCAGCACCCGACCGGCGACGACUGGCACUUCCUGCCGGGCGGGGAGAACCACACUUACGCGGCCACGCGUGCGAAGUACAUCAUGGAUGCCGCCACGAUCUGCCACGAGCUGUGCCGCCCCACCUUCGACAUCAAGGCACCACAGAGCGAAAUCAUAGUCCAUGACCACCAGACGGUUCAUUACGAGCUCAUGCUCAUCAGCCGUGACAGGGAGGUGGAUUUAAAGGAGUUCCACUUGACAGAGCAAUUCUACGAGAAUGAGAAGUGGAUGGCCAGCGAGUACCUGGCCCCGAGGCGGCUUCACACCACGAACCUAGAGAACGUCUCCUGCGCAGCCCUCUUUGACUGGCGCACGGCGCCAUUGUCCGAGCACGAAUCAUAUUCCGUGCUUGAGAUUCUUUUCCUUCUACCUGAUCCCGUCCAUGACCGCAUCAGGCGAGGCCAAUGGGAGACUUACUCCCAUGCUUCGGACAUCCGCAAGCUCCAUGCUUUUCUCAACGCUGGUGCAUUCCUUCCGCCCAAGGAGAAGUGGAACAUGAGGGUCAAGACAGACCAGAAGGCGAAGGAUAGAGGCUACGCAGAAGGCGUCUACGCCCUCCGUGACACCGAGUAUCUCCACAUGAACCAGCAACAGUAUAGCCAUGCCACUGAGCUGCGGGAUGAUGGGAGUUUAGUCACUAUGGUCGACUACAAGGCUCUGGUUGACCCUGCACCCGACCUGGAGGAAGGGAAUCCGAAGUGGCGGAUAGCACAGGCGAUCGACGAAGCGAUGCGUCAGGAGGCGCCCCGUUCCGCACACGCGCAGGCCAUGGUCCGGCGCGCAGCACGCGCAGAAUUCCACUCGCAGAGGCAGGACAAGAUCCAAGCUGAGCCGGGAGAGAUAUCAGGAGGAACACACAUCGAAUUCCUCCGGGUAAAGGAUUGGCAGUACGGCGAACUGUACGCGAGCGGCCUGAUAACGGAUCAGUUCGACCAGCCCAUCCACAUAGCCCAUGGCUUCCAGGAUAUCAUGACCCCUCUUUCGCAGGCUGGCCUGCCAGGUGAGCGCCCGCCGCUUCGAAGCAUGAAGAUGGACAUGUCGAUGCCCAGGGUCUCGGACCUCGACUGGCAGGACUUCCCAUCCCAGAAGAAGGAGGAGGAGAUCACCAGGAAACCCGAAGAGCCUGCUGCGGACCAUGUCCCAGGCAGCGUCGAACCCGAAGGACCGAAGAGGUCCAAGAGCGUCAUCCGCCGCGGCGGUCGUGAGCUCAUGCUCGCCGAAGCAGCAGGGGAUUGGCGCGAAAGACAAUCGGGUGGGAGGCGCUCUGGCUGGGGAAAUAUCGGGCAUGCGGGCUUCGAUCGCUCGUUCACGGCUAACUCCCGGGUGCGCUUCGAGUUCCCCGACGGGAUGCCCAACGAUCAACAGCCUGAUCCUCGAGACGGGGCGCCCGAGUACCAGCCGCCGCCGUCGCCAGACGAGGCCUUCGUCUCCAUUCGCCGCAAGUAUGUGCGAGCCUCGCCCGCGGCGGCCCUAGCCCAGCAGGAAAGGCAAUACGAGAAGUGGUGGCGGGAGGAGAUUAUGAACAACCUCGACUCUGAAUCCGGCUCCGAGAUUGAUGAAGAGGACGGCUCAGAUAGAGACGAAGAGGACGAAUCCAUGGGGAUUGCGGGGUCAUGCGAGGUCAGCAAUGCUGAUGAUUCACAAGAAGAAGUGAAAGAAAAGUCAUCGGAUGGAGCCGGCCACGCAGGCACCCCAUUGAUACAGAUCGACCCCGAGACAAAAUCAUAUGAUGAGAUGCAGGGCUCUCCGUUCGACAUUGAAUACUUCUUGUUCGAAGGAACCCUGCCGCUCCCCAAGAAGCAGCAGAUCUCAGCAGGCAAAUUCAGACGGCUUCACGAGGAAUCCGAAUGCCAAUUGGACCUCGAGGAGCUCAAUUUGGAGCACGAAGAGCUGACCUACAUCGGUUUCCUUCCCAAUGAGCGACGCCGCAUCCUUUUGGCAACGGACGGUUUCAUCAGGGAGAACCUGAAGGCGAUUUCGCCCCCUCGUGCUCGCUACGUCGACGAGCUCCACAAUAAUGGACCAGUACUCCCGCGUCAACGAGCCGGCCGAACGAUCACCAGUGACAGGCUGUCCGUGUACGCAGAUUGCGUGGCCGACCCGCUCCUGGAGCAUUUAAGGCGGCUGAGUCCCAAUGAGCGCGGCAGGGUGGAGAGCUACCUCAGGGCCCGCUACAACACCAUUGAGAGCGCGAGUUUGCCUGGCCCGGACCAUGACCUGGCGCCGAUAUACCCGCACCUGCGUUCCAGGCUCUAUGCAAGUGCAAGCGAGUUGGGUCGAGAUGAAGCCCUGCGGCUAGGAGGAUUAGUGAUUCACCUGCUCCGCCACAGCACGGCCCACGUGCUAAGCUCAGGAGAAUGGGUGGACGUCGACGUGCUGAUUCGCACGCUGAAGCACGUCGGCUACGACCGCGCGUGGUCCAGAUUUCUCCACGCCAGAUCGAUGCUCGACUCGAAGGACAUCCAGAUACUCGGCGUUGAAAUGGACGCAGCAGCGGAAGGCCCAACAUCCCGCCCCAUGGACUGGGAUGACAGCUUCGCCGAGAUCGCUCUCAAGGGGGUUGGCGCAACGGACACCGCUGACGACCCCAACGCGGCUCUUGGGGACAGCGACGGCGAGCAGAUGUUCAUGGUUCCUGCCGUUCGUCCCCUUCUCGUUCACUCUGUGCAUGGUGACUCCCUGAGGGUCAUUUCUCCUUACCGACGCAACGCGCGGCACGAUCCGAACAUGAGCGACAAGCACGGGGCGCUCCUGCUACCGAUGGAUUCCACGGACGUUCGGCAAAUCCAGUGCGGCGAGGUGGCUCUAUUGCUCGAUGCAGCCGCAGGACUACGUCAAUACGGAACCGUGGCAUUCACAGUUGCCCUCUCACCGCACGCGAAGAUGAUCCAUGAUCUGAACGCGGUAGAGGUGACGUACUUCGCCACUCUGAGCCCGAGGCAUGUCGAGGCUCACCCGCACUGGGUACUGCCAUCGGGUCAGAUUUUCACAGACCGCAUUCCUCAAAGGAAAGACAUUUGGCAGAUCUUCGCGGUACUGGAAGCCCCCGAUGACAAGUUCAUGCGGCACGUUGACUAUGACCGGCGCCUCACCAUGCUGCAGGUUGCCCCCACACCGCACACGGGGUGCGUUGACUACCUGGAGCCGGGCCAGCGGAUCGUGAACCAUGUCUCCGAAGACAGGUUGAACGCUGUCUCGUGGCAGGGUGUCAAAGAAACCCCCACCUGGGACGACGACAUGCGCCUCGUCUGCCAUCUGGGGCACAAGACCCUCUACGGCAUGCUGGCCUGCGGCGCGUGUCAGGAAGAGCCUCCCUACGAGGCGCUCCAGAAGCAGCCCAAGAGGCUCCAGCCUGCAGUGGAUUGGAGACAUGUUGGGAUGCAGAAGGUGCGCGAGGGAAAAAGAUACAAACUGGCGCGCAGAUGGCUGCGCUAUCAGGAGUACCGCGGCCAGAGACCCACCGGCUAUCGCGCCACUUGCCCGUCGUGGAAAUUGUGGGCAUACCUGUCUCGCUAUGUCGACCUGACCGACAAGAACACGGACAUGGGCAUCCUCAACAUCUUCGACUGGGACAUCGCAGACCCUGACGCCCGCGAGAAGUUCGAGCCUGGCGCGGGAUGGGACGCCUGGAGCACCGACAACCGAGAUGACCUGCCAACGGACCUCUGGGACCUCUGGUCACAGAUUGAGGACGAGCUAGACACGCACUGGCCCCCUAAGGAGGAUCUGGCGGACUACGAAGAGGAGGACAGAGACGACGAGGACAACGCCCCGAGGGACCAAGUCCACACCUCGGCCUCGGUCUGGCCAUCUGCCGCUGCCCAUGGCAAGCGCGGCAGAUCCCGCAGCUGCACGAUGCAAUCACAGACAGGAGACGCGUCUCGGGCAUUCGGCGGCAACGCCAUGCGCAAGAGUGACAAGUCGCGUGCCCCAGAGCGCAACGCCCACAACCCAGCCGACCUGCUGCGCCUAGGGAGGAUACGCGAGCUGCGGUUCGACCCGCCUGACUUCUGCGUCUACGACCCCGACUCCCCCUCGCAGAAGGCGAAGUGGAUGUCGGGGCAGGUCUACAGAGUGGCCAUCGAGCUCACCAAGGACUUCGCGUGGACUGAUAUUAACCCAGAGAUCGCGGAUGAGGACGCCAUGCGGACUCAUCUUGCGGAGGUCGGUCGGUACCGAGCUAGCUUGGUGAGUGGAAUUCACCUCCUGAACGCUCGUCGUGACAUGCUGGACUUGGCCCACCGCGACUUGCAUCUGGAUCGAGAAGACGCGCUGCCGAUCUCAAUCGACGCCCACAAGAUCGAGGCGCGCAUGCAGUACCUGCAGCAAGCGGAGGCCAGGGCGCUCAGGCAUGGCAUACGCAUGACGCCGGACACCUUCCAGCACGCCGCGGUCGAGAGGUGGCCACAGCACGUGCACGAGGCAGCUGCGCAUGCCCUUACCAUUUGGGGACAGCACGCCGCGGAGACGGGCAAGGGCAAGCGCGCCCGCGCAGUGGCGGAGGAUCGCACGGCGCCCCCGCCUUUGGCAAAGGCGCGGCCAUGCCGCUACACUGACGUGCGCGAGCCGGGAGCGGGCAAAGGCGACCGCGGCAAGGGCGGUCGCGAUAGCUGGGGAGACCGCCGCGGCGACGGCUGGGACUGGCCCUUGCGUCGCGGCAACGGCUGGGACUGGUACACGCACCAUAAGCCCAUGGCGACAUGGUGA